GUUUUUUGAGAAAAUAAACUGCAUAUGUUUAUCUCCUGCCUGCAAACUCAUUUUGUAGCGGGAGAAAACACGCUUGAUAGAGCAAGAUAGCUGCACUGCACUGCGAAGCGACGGAGAGGGUGAGACAUGCUUACUUAGUUGCGAGAGGAAAUAACCUGAAAUGGGAUCCUUUUGUUAUCAUACAUUCCCAGCAAGCUCGCAUCUUUUAGUCUCUGACUUCUCUCAGGGGUUUAAGAGCCCCAAGCUACCUUAUCUGUCCAAACAGCAAGAAAGAUGGUUUUCUAGAUCUCAAGGAGCUUCAAAAGUUUUUGCUUACUAUGGCUUGAGGGCACCUCCUUAUAAACUUGAUGCUUUAGAACCGUAUAUGAGUAGGAGAACACUGGAAAAGCAUUGGGGAGGACAUCAUUGGAAUUAUGUAGAAGGAUUGAACAAGCAGUUGGAGAAAAACGAAGUACUGUAUGGCUGCACUAUGGAUGAGCUUGUCAAAGUAACAUAUAACAACGGAAACCCCUUACCCGAAUUCAAUAAUGCUGCCCAGGUUUGGAAUCAUGACUUCUUUUGGGAUAGCAUGCAACCUGGAGGAGGGGACAUGCCAAAACUGGGUGUUCUUCAGCAGAUUGAAAAGGACUUUGGUUCAUUUACAAAUUUCAGGGAGAAGUUUGUAGAAUCAGCGCUCACACUAUUCGGCUCUGGCUGGGUUUGGCUUGUUUUGAAGAGAGAAGAGAGACGACUGGCCGUUAUUAAAACAUCAAAUGCCGUUUGCCCGCUUGUUUGGGAUGACAUACCAAUCAUCAGUUUAGACAUGUGGGAGCAUGCUUAUUAUCUGGAUUACAAGAACGAUAGAGGCAAAUAUGUGAAUGUGUUUAUGAACCACCUUGUGUCUUGGAAUGUGGCAACGGGACGCAUGGCCCGUGCUGAGGCAUUUGUGAAUUUAGGCGAACCUAAAAUUCCUAUUGCUUGAGAUGUUUCCAGCCAAGAAUCUGUAACUGAACGGUUUCAUUAUGCUUUCCAAGUUAUUUUAGGUUAGAGGUUUGGAAUUUGACAGUGGCAGAGCUAGUUUGGUAUUGUUUUCCGUGAUACUUUUGGAACACCAUUGAGUGGUUGCCCAGAUGAUAUCUGUAGAAUGUCCCCACUGACGGAAAUGUAUGAGAUGCAUAUAACCAAGGCACUCAAUGGUCUGCUUGGAGAGAGUGCACAAUGGUAGUAGAACACGCUUUUUGAUGCA